UUAUAUUCCAAAUUGUUCAAUCCGAUACAUUUCCUGUGAUUUUUAAAAUUUAAGAAUAUGUUUAAAACUUUCCAUCAUUAAAUUCGUAAAGAGACCUUUGCGGCACAUGUGACAAAUAUAUGUAAUUUCUAAGCCGAUAAAUGGUCCACCUUAGACAUCGCAAGACGCAUAAUUCCAGUGAUCAAUGAAGUUCAAUAAUAUGUUUAAAGUUGUCCGCAAUUAAAUUGGUAAAACAAAAAGUCGACAGAUCACGGUGAUAUUUGUGAUGAAGAGAAAUACAAGUCUGAAACGGCGAUAAAUGGUCAACCCUACAAAGCGCACGCCCGCGCAGUGGCAACUCUGGCUGCGAGAAAACUAAUCACCGACGUAUUCCCUCGCACGGUCACACGAAAACCCCCUCCCGCACCCACCCACUUGUCCAACGUGUUUGUGUGCAGAAUUUCCACGGCUAAAUAAAACCGAUUGAAAAUUGGCAAGCCACCGUGCCAAACUUAGGUUUCGAUAGCCCAAAUCCGCAGGAGCAGGACAUCGUGGAAGGAUCACGAACAGCCUGAUCAGGAAAUCAGCAGCAGGACAACCAGCAACACCCAGUGGAAAAGUCCUCCUCGGUUUUUUUCUCUGACUGCCGAAGCGUCGCGUGUGCGGAACUUUCAGCGGUGAAUAACCUAGGGUUCUUGGUUUUUGGCAAGCGGAGGAGCGUGUUGCAGUCGCAAACGGGAAGAUGGUUAAAGCUAAAAAGGGCAAGAAAGAGAUACUGACCAAGGUCGAAGGCGGUUCCUCGGCGGAUGAAAUCUCCGAUGUGGACAGCGACCAGGUGAGCCUCAACAACAAGAAGAACCAGCCCCAGAAAGGCAACAAAGCUGGCCAGGAUGAUGUCCAAUCCCUUACCAAAGGAGUGAGUAAGCUCAGUGUCAAGGGGAAAGGCAAGGCAGCCAAGAACGAGGACUCCGAUGAAGAGGAAGUGGUGUCCCCUAAGGGAAAGCCCGCCAAGAAGUCCGCAUUUGAACUCCUAAUGGACGACGACGACCAGGAUGAGCCGGCUGCCCAGGAAAGCCAGUCAGAGGAGGAGGAAAAGGUGGUAGCCAAGCCCCAGAAGAACGAGAAGAAGGGCAAGAAGGCCAAACGCAAGGGCAAGGACGAGGACGACGAGGAUCUGGACAAGGUUUUGGCUGAACUCCAAGCGGAAUAUGCCGGCGAGGCUGCCCCUGCUGCUGUUGUCUCCCCCGAAGAGCUUGCCGAUGAGUUUUCCAAGAAGAAAAAGAACAAGAAGCAGACCAAGCAGCCUGCUGUGGCAGAAAAUGCGGUGGACGAUGAGGGCAGCGAUGAUGAGGAGGGCGGCAGCACCAUGAAGUCAGCUGCCCAGAAGAAAAAGGAAAAGAAGGAACGCCAGAAGAGGGAGGCUGCUCUGGCCAAGCAAAAGGCAGCUACGGAACCCAAAGCCAAGCCCGUGGAGAAACCUGCUCCCGAACCAGAACCUCCAACUCCCGAGGAAGUCCCUCUAGAAGCCGUCGAAGAUGAGGAUAAGUCCAGCAAGAACAAGAAGAAGGGCAAAAAAGACAAAAAGGCCGAGGUGGAAGAGGAGAAAAAGGACACCAAAAAGAAGGGCAUGUCCGCCGCCAUGGUUGCCGCCAUGCAGGAGCAGCUGAAGAAGCGCAAGGAGGAGGAGGAGCGCCUGGAGCGGGAGGAAGCAGAGCGCAUUCGCCGCGAAGAUGAGCGCGAGGAGGCCCGUCUGGAGGCAGUGCGCCUGGAGGCGGAGAAAAAGGAGAAAAAGAAGCAACGCGAGGCAGAGCGCAAGGCUCGCUUGAAGGCCGAGGGCAAACUGCUCACCAAGAAGCAGAAGGAGGAUCGGGCCAGGGCACAAGCUCUGCUGGAGUCUCUGAAGGCCCAAGGUUUGGAGAUUCCAGAUCCCAACGACAAGCGACCCACGCGACCAGGAACCCGAAUCCGUCCGAAUAAGAAGAAGGGUCCCAAGGAAGAGGCCGCUGAGGAGGAGGCCAAGGCGGCGGAGGCCCAAGCGGCUGCCACGGCCGCUGCUGCAGCGGCUGCCCAGAAAGCCGAGGAGGAGGUGGUCAAGGAGAGCUGGGAUGCCACCGACAGCGAGGCGGAGGCGGAGCCCGAGGAGGAAUCCUCGCAGACCACCAACAAUGGCAAGAACGAGGCUGCUGAGGAAGACGACGAGGACACGGAAGAGGAUGAGGAUGAUGAGGAUGAAGAUGACAGCGAGGAUUCCGAUGAGGACAGCGAUGACUCCCAGGAGAAGGGAACGGCACUGGCCAAUGACCCAGAGUCGCGAAGACUCCGCGCCGAAGCCCGAAUCCUGAAGCGUCAAGAUGAGGCGGAAAAGAAGCGAACAACCGAUGAACUCCGCGCAGGAGUCGUGUGUGUCCUGGGCCACGUAGAUACAGGCAAAACCAAGAUCCUGGAUAAACUGAGACGGACUCACGUCCAGGAUUCCGAGGCGGGUGGCAUUACCCAGCAGAUUGGAGCCACAAAUGUGCCGAUUGACGCCAUCAAGGAGCAGACGAAAUAUGUAAAGUCAGCUGUUGGUUUCGAGCACCGCUUGCCUGGCCUGCUGAUCAUCGACACACCCGGCCACGAGUCCUUCAGCAACCUGCGAAACCGAGGAUCCUCGCUCUGCGACAUAGCCAUCCUGGUGGUGGAUAUUAUGCACGGCUUGGAGCCGCAAACCAUCGAGUCCAUUCAGCUGCUCAAGAAGAAGAAGUGUCCGUUUAUAGUGGCCCUCAACAAGAUCGAUCGUUUGUACGAUUGGAAGCAGCUGGGCAGGCGGGAUGUGAGGGAUGUCCUGAAGGAGCAGCAGAGCAACACACAACUGGAGUUCCAGCAGCGCACCAAGGAGGUGAUCCUGCAGUUCGCGGAGCAGGGAUUGAACGCGGCUCUGUUCUACGAGAACACGGAUCCCAAGACGUACAUUUCGCUGGUGCCAACCAGUGCGAUUACGGGCGAGGGCAUGGGCAAUCUGCUCUUCAUGAUUGCCGACUUCUGUCAGAAUAUGCUGGCCAAGCGUCUGAUGUACUCCGAGGAGCUGCAGGCCACCGUGCUGGAGGUGAAGGCACUGCCUGGCCUGGGCACCACCAUCGAUGCCAUCCUUAUUAAUGGCAAGCUGCGCGAGGGUCAAACCAUGGUCGUUGCCGGAACAGAUGGACCCAUUGUCACCCAGAUCCGUUCGCUUUUGAUGCCCCAACCGAUGAAGGAGCUGCGCGUGAAGAACGCCUAUGUGGAGUACAAGGAGGUGAAGGCCGCGCAGGGCGUCAAAAUCGCCGCCAAGGAUCUGGAGAAGGCCAUUGCAGGCAUCAAUCUGCUGGUUGCCCACAAACCGGAUGAAGUCGAGAUUUGCACAGAUGAAGUUGCCCGGGAGCUAAAGAGCGCCCUUAGUCACAUUAAACUUGCCCAGAUAGGCGUUCAUGUCCAGGCUUCCACACUGGGUUCGCUGGAGGCCCUUCUGGAGUUCCUGCGGACAUCUAAAAUUCCGUACUCUGCUAUUCGCAUUGGUCCCGUAGUAAAACGUGAUGUGAUGAAGGCCUCCACGAUGUUGGAACAUGAGGCGCAGUAUGCAACGAUUCUGGCAUUCGACGUGAAGAUCGAAAGGGAAGCCCAGGAAAUGGCCGAUUCCCUGGGCGUGAAAAUAUUCCAAGCGGACAUCAUCUAUCAUCUCUUCGACAAGUUCACCGCCUUCCGCGAGGAACUCAAGCAGAAGAAGCGCGAAGAGUUCCGCUCCGUAGCUGUCUUCCCCUGCAAACUAAGGAUACUGCCACAGUUCAUAUUCAACAGCCGAGAUCCGAUCGUGAUGGGCGUGAUGGUGGAGAACGGCAUUGUCAAAGUGGGCACUCCAAUUUGCGUGCCCAGCAAGGAGUUUGUGGACAUUGGAAUCGUGACUUCCAUCGAAUCGAAUCACAAGCAAAUCGAAUCGGCGCGCAAGGGCCAAGAGAUUUGCAUUAAGAUCGACCCGAUUCCCGGUGAAUCACCCAAGAUGUUUGGUCGCCACUUCGAGGCCGAGGACAUGCUGAUCAGCAAGAUUUCGCGACAGAGCAUCGAUGCCUGCAAGGACUACUUCCGCGAUGAUCUAAUAAAGGCCGAUUGGUCGCUGAUGGUGGAACUGAAGAAGCUCUUCGAGAUCUUAUAAGCGAAUUCGCUUGCCAAACUUUGCAAACGUACAACCGACGAGAGAUUUUCGCUAUAACUUAUCUAAACUACAGACUGUGCGCUUGUGGUGUGUCCUUUUCAGGAAGCAAAAGGAUCGUUUCUCUUAAGCUUAGUUUCAUUUUUAUGGUUUACAGCCGUAGCCGUCGUCGUAUCGCAGUUGUCGCUUGAAGAACUCUGUUAUAAUGGUUUUAAAUCAAAUUUUUGUAAAACGCUUAUUGCGAAUAUCCAUUUUUAGCCUGCGAUUUUUGUUAGAGCCAACUUAGAAUAAAGAGCAAAAAUGUUGUAAAACGGAAA